AUGCAUUACACUUACACCCUCCUCCCAUUGACAGCUGCGCUGGCCGCAACUGUUAGUGGCAGCACGACGCCUGAGUCCGACACCUGGUACUUUGGCGACACUUUUUUCUACCUUGGCCCCCCCACCAACGCCAACAUCAUCAAGGCAACCUAUACCAUUACCCCACCUAGCGUUCCCACAGGCUACUACGUGGAUAACGCAGACGAUGAAGUGUGGGUGUCUGUCUGGGUGGGCGCUUCGUCCUCAGAUGGAUCCUUGAGUGCCGAUUUGUAUCAGCCGUUGUUCAACUGGUCUCCCAACCAGGAAUCUCAGGGAUGCAGCGCUAGUGCUGACGAGUGGUGUGUCGCUGCAAGCACCUAUACUCCUUCUGGUCAAACCGGCCUGAACUACGUCAUUGUUCCAAAGGGAUCGUCGGUGGACUUUGAGAUGGUCGUCGAGGAUAAGAAGGUCAUCCAAAAGGUUCUCAUUGGUGGUGAAGUGGUUUCGCAGGAGAGCGAUGACCUCGACAGCGGCCUCCAGUACUUGUACUCUAGCAACGAAUGCUACACUGGCUCCGGCAGCUGCGGAACCGUCAAUGGCUAUACAAUCUCCAACAUCACUGUCACCCUGGAUAAGGCCGAUAAGAACUUCGGGGAAUCCAUGUGGCUGUACGAAGUUGAAGGGUCCGAAUUUGCUAGCUCUGAUGACGGAAUCACCUGGCAUAUGGAGUAUGUGAAGACCGAAAGCACUGUCUUUGCCGAUAUGACACCCUCCUACUAGCGCCCACGCUCUCUCUCACCUUGGGCACCCGCCCACAAAUAUCGAGGGGACACUGGAGGGAUUUGGAGAUUUUAAAUUGCAGCAUCGGGCGUAGACGAUAGUGCAUCGGGAAGUGUUGUCGAAUGCUUAUGUAUCACUAGAGUCCACGUUAACUAGCUAGUUAACUAU